AUGGCGACGGACGAGGAUAAAACCAAGCUAGCUAAAUUACUCCACGAUUUAGAGGUGCCCGAAAUGAGAAUACCAGAGAGAUGCUCAAGUCUGGUCAAAGAGUUUGAGCAGAAGUACGGCGCAGAGUUAGAAUCAGAAGUUUUGGAGGAGCAGUAUUAUGAAAAUCCUUAUAUUGUGGAUAAAAAGCUUCUCGAGGAAAAUGAAAAAAAAUUGAAGAAACUUUUGGCAGAGAGCAAACGAGCAAAAAAAGAAAUAUCGGAGAGCUUAUUGGUAACAGUCCCUGAUCCUAAAAGACCCUGGCGAACUCAGUCCAGCAAAGAAAAGUUGCUACGAAUCGACAAUGAUUUGAAAAGACACCUUGAGAAAGCCUCUCAAGCUAUAGCUCCCAUUGGAGAUAACGAGAUGAGGGAUCUGGUGAGGGAAUGUCAGGAAGAAACGAUGAACAGUCCCCCCGUAGGAGCUGACCGUCUCCGAGAAACGGUGGACGAAGCGAGACGAAGUCUUCCCAAUUUCCAAUACAAAAACAUACAAAAUAGCACAGCAACGGAUAUAUUGCCCAACGCGCAUGGAAAAUCAUCGCAGCCUCAAACUAAUAAUGCAGAUGAAAGGCCUUUGUUUGAAGAAGUUUUGGAAACAUGAAAUGUUGUAUUAUU